GGGCGCAGCUGUGCUAUCCUCAAUUGAACGCUAAGCUACAGGCUACACUGCUACUCUGAACAUGGCUGGCCAGGAAGACCCAGUGCAGAGAGAGAUUCACCAAGACUGGGCGAAUCGAGAGUACAUAGAAGUUAUUACGAGCAGCAUCAAAAAAAUCGCCGACUUUCUAAACUCGUUUGAUAUGUCGUGUCGGUCCCGCUUGGCCACCCUCAAUGAGAAGCUGACAGCGCUGGAGAGGAGGAUUGAAUAUAUUGAGGCGAGAGUGACGAAAGGAGAGACCUUGACCUAGAUAUUACCAUGGGAAUUCAUAGCAUCCCAGAGCCACCUGCCCAUCAUUCCCCUCCCUUCCCUGAAUUUUUGGAAUAAGUGUGAUGGAUUCCACCCUCCUUUUUUGGGAUCACGUGGACCAUUUUUUAUAAUAUAUGGCCGAGUUUUGUGUUGUUUUACCUCAUGACACAUUUGUAUAGAAGAUAUGGGUCUGCCUUGGGUGUCAGUGAUGCAAGCAUCAUCAAUGUUACAAAACAAAAAAAUGAUAAUACGCUCCAUAAGUAUUGGUUUCAAAAAGUAUCAUGGGGCUCAAUCAUGGAUCUGGUAUCAGCACAACUUGUUGACCAUCUGUGUUGUAUGCAGUGUCAUUACCACAUCAGAGAUUUAUGAAAGGGGAACAUCCUUGUGUGCCAAGUUGAACAAGUAAUUGUGUAGUCAUCUUUAUUAAGGACCUGCUUGUACAGUGAACUGUUUGGUGAUGUUUCAGGAUUUAAAUACUGUAAUAAAUGAUUAACGAUGA